CUUACAUAAGAGCCUUCGAGCGGCGAACAAGUCGCCCCUUCCGGUGCUGUUGAACCUCGUACCGUUGUAUUCAAUCUCGAGGCUCUCCCUCAACCGACCCACCUGCCGCCUAACCGGAUUCUCGCGUUUGAAGAACAAUCGUACAACAUUAUCAAGUUAGCGUCUCAACUUUCCCGCGAUGGGCAAUGAUGGCGGCUCGAUUCCGAAGCGCCGUGAGCUUGUCAAGUCGGCUGCGCGGGCGCCGACCGUGAGCGAGCUCAAGGCAACUGCGCUUGAGAACCUCACUCAUUCAUGGGCCUACGAUCCCUUGACGUCGGAGCGUCUCGACAUGGAAAACGUGGUGUCAGACUGGCGAGGGCGUCUCUACAACUACGAGUCGGUUCUUAGGGGAUUAAUGCCAAGCGGUGAUGACACCGACGCCGCUGCCCCCGCGCUGGUGCAUGGUGAGUCGCCGGAAUUGUCUUUCACGUCAACGGGCAUUAGAUCACUGCGCGAUGUCGUCAAGCUCAAGAUCAAGCGUUACGCGCCGUCCACAGCCAAGGGUCAGGAGAUCUGGGCAUGCCCGGUGUCGCUGAAGGAGCUCGGCCCCGCGACAAGGGCGGUAUACCUCGUCCCGUGUGGCCACGUCUUUGCCGAUGCGGCCAUCAAGCAGAUCCAGGAGGAUAUUUGCCCAGAAUGCAGCGAGAAGUUUGAGGCUGGAGACGUCAUCCCGAUUUUGCCGACUGAAAACGCAGAUCUCGAUUAUCUCACCGAGAGGAUCAGCAAUCUCAAGGCUAGCGGGCUCACACACAGCCUGAAGAAGGAGAAGGGCAACGGGAAGAAGAAGCGCAAGGCGGAGGCGGUGGAGGGGGAUGGAAGUACCAAAUUCGAAAAGGUCAAGGGCUCUCAUGGGGAACAAGGGUUGGCGGCCAAGGCAGCUUCGAAGUCAAAUGCCACCAGCCGAGUGAGUGGUAUAAACAAUGCCAUGACAGCGUCACUUACAGCGAGAGUUCUCGCAGAGCAAGAGGAACGCAAUAAACGGCGCAAACUAGCCGCCGAGGCGAGAUGAGCGAGGAGAACAGUUACUACAGACAGCCUAUUGCCACCGUACCUUUGCCGGCUGGUUCGUGUUAUGAUUCCAGCUACGUGAGCGUACUCAUCGAACUGCACCUUGCUGUGUUGGUUUCACCAACAA